AAAUAUGAACGCCCACAAAAACCGCAACUCUGUUCCGCAAAUAGUUAAUGAAAUUUAUUCAAAUUAAACCGCAUCUUUAAACUUUACUUAAUACCACCUCUGUUCUUCAUGGCAUGUCAGGUAAGCUAGCAGCUUUAAGCAAACAAUUCCAUUAUUAAUUACUAACAGUCACACUCCCAAUCAAUAUCUUCAACCCAAAUCUUCAUGAUCCCAUGUACCACCACCACCACCACCACCUCCCCACCGCCUCCGUCACCUCCACCGCCAUCUCCACCGCUGAGCCACCUCCUCCAUCAAGAAACAAGAACAGUGCAAUGGAGGCGUCUAUACAUGCAGUAGAAAAAAUCUUGAACUACAGCUUUAAAAACAAGAAAUUAUUAGAAGAAGCUUUAACGCACUCCUCUUGUACUGACUCUGUUUUGAAUUACCAGCGGCUUGAGUUUCUGGGUGACUCAGCUUUAGGACAUGCAUUCACCAACUAUGUUUUUCUUGCUUUCCCUAGUCUGGAUCCUGGUCAGCUCUCUCUGUUGCGUGCUGCUAAUAUCAGCACUGAGAAACUCGCCCGUGUCGCUCUAAAACAUCAGCUUUUUGGGUUCUUGAAGCAUUCUGUCACUAAUCUUGAUGACAAGAUUAGAGAGUUUAGUGAUGCUGUUAGUCAAGAAGAUGAUGCAGUUGCUCAUGGCGGUGCGGUGAAAGCUCCGAAGGUUCUUGCUGAUAUUGUGGAGUCUGUGGCUGCUGCUGUUUAUGUUGAUGUUGGUUUUGAUCUUCAAAGACUAUGGGUGAUAAUUAGGAGUCUUUUUGAGCCGAUUGUUACGCCAGAAGACUUGCGGCAACAGCCGCAACCAGUGACUAUGCUAUUUGAGGUUUGUCAUAAACAAGGGAAGGAAGUUGACAUCAUACACUGGAAAAAAGGAGUGAAAAGUAUUGCUAGUGUUUAUGUUGAUGGUCGUUUUAUAGCCUCUGGUUCUUCGGAGCAAAAAGAUAAUGCGAAGAUAAAUGCUGCCAAGGGAGCUUUGCACAAGCUAUCUCAUUUGUUGGCUUCUAAUGUUGGUCAUUUUGAUGAUGCCUUGAAAAGCAUCGGGGGACCAUUUGAGAUUGAAGAAGCUAAGCGUAAGUUACAUGAACUCUGUGGCAAGAAUAAAUGGUCCAAACCGACCUACUGCAUUGAGAAAGACAAAGGUCUUCCGCAUGAGAAGAAAUUUGAAUGCUCGGUUCAAAUUGCAACGGGAGAUGGCGUGCUUUACAUGAUGGGUGAUGAAAAAAUGAGAAUAAAAGACGCAGAAAACUCUGCAGCUUCACUAAUGAUACGAGCUUUGCAAGAAUCAAAUUAUCUAUGAUUCAGUUAUCCGCAAUAACCCGGUAGGCUUCUGUACCUAUUUAUUUUAGGCUCUGCUUUUUUUUUGGAUUGAUUUCUUUUUUCCCUAGGCUGUUUCAUUUUCAUAUUGAGCUGCAACGCAUGCUUAGUCCUUAGAUUCCGCAGGUUGCAUUUCCUUUUUUAUGGUCACAUUGGCCAGUGAUUUUAGAGAGCAUAGUUCUUGAAUUUGUCGGUUAGUCGAGACCUGUUUGGCAUGAGAAUUGAUAUGUGUUUGUACUAGAAGCCAACUUCAUGUACUAAUUAUAUCUAUAUGUUCUCUUCCUGCAAUUAAGGUUUGAAGUUGUAAAAACAAAGCACUAAUUAUAAAGAGUUAGUUAUUCUGCA